GACAGCACGCCUCCUGCUGCACGCUCCACGAGGUAGAACGGCGAACGUAGACACGAAGACGUAGGACGUAAGCGCGGGACCAGGCGAGCUCGUGUGGCACCAAGGUGGCUACUCGUCCUCGGAAGGAUAAACAUUGUCGUCACCGCGUCGUCCUUCGAGAUUACGCAUCGACGAACGUUCAUCGGUUUUGUUCGCCGUUUCGCGGAGCCCCGCCCGCUCGAGCGUGUCGCGUGAUAGCCGAGCAGGUAAUCGGGACCAGAGACCGGGCUUUCGGUCCGCCUCGAUAGUCUCGCGAAGCUCGUUCCUCCGAUCGGUCGAUCGACGUGGUUCGCGGACACUCGAGGAUCGCGGGAUAGUUUCGACCAGACGAUCCUGUGAACUGUUGCACCUCGUGACUCUCGUGGGGUCGGCGGGACUCGAGCGACACCCCUUCCGAUCGAAGACACUUGUGGCUUGUUCGCGUGUUCCUCGAUAGUAAACUGUGAUCGAUCCUGUCGUGGAAUUUAUCGCCAUCCCCGCGGCGAUCGCCGCCGAAGACUUCCUCUUUCGCCCGUCGAACAACCACCGCCCCCACCCCUGGCAUCACACGCGUUCAGCCACGCGAUCAGCGGGACCAGCGAUCCGGAAUGUUUCGCGCAACGGUGACCAACGAGCCGGUCACUCUUAAUGGACACCCGAUCCACGGUGAUUGAACAUCUCAUCUGGAUGCAUCUGUGAAACGUCAUCGGUGUCGUCCGCGUUCUGUGGUAACUUGGAAGAUAAUCGCGAUGCUUAGGAGCCGUUCGUUCGAAUAAUGUUUAGUUCAGAGUGACGUAAAGAUUCGUCGACUAAACAGUUCUGGAAUCGAGGAUCAGGGAAAAUCGGAAUCGAAAACAAUCGCACCUGUCGCGCGAGACGGAUUCACGGGGGUUUGUUCGAUCGAGGCAGAAGGAAUCGAAUCCGGGGGUGGUCGAGAAGGGGUUGUUCUGUGACCAAGAGAAUCGUGCUGCCUGUGCGGGUAUGAGAGACCACUGUGAACGGUGCGACAGGGCGCGAGAACGGUGAAGUGUUGCCAAGGUGUUCAGUGAAUAUUCAGAGACUUCGACGCUUGGUCAAGAGGUAACCGAGGGAUAUAGGCGGACAACGAAGACGACCACGACGACGAAGCGACUCGAUUUUGAAAGGAGACGAGGGGUUGAGCAGACGCCUCGUCCGAAUCGACGACGUGCUGUUCGAGGCGGAGGAGGGUGGCGGCAGGCGAGGGUUGGAAGGAGGGUGGUGUGCUAUGAUCAGCAUGGAGCUUCCGGCACACACGACGCAGCAUGGUGCUCUUCACCUGGGGGUCGGAGUCGGGGUCAACUCAGGUGACCCCGCCGGAAGUGCCCUGACCGCCAUUCAUCCGAUUCCUCAGGACCCCCUAGCCCUCCACCACCAUAAUCACGGAGCAGCAACACCCGGAGGUAUGAACGAGGACUCCAAGAAAAAACAUGACGGCGGCCACGGGAUGAACCAAGAUGGCCACGGCGGAGUUAACCAGCUCGGCGGCGUCUUCGUGAACGGAAGGCCCCUACCGGAUGUAGUCAGGCAGAGGAUCGUCGAGCUAGCGCACAGCGGCGUUCGACCGUGCGACAUUUCCAGACAACUCAGGGUAUCUCACGGCUGUGUAUCCAAGAUACUGUCGAGGUAUUACGAAACCGGUAGCUUCAAGGCGGGCGUCAUAGGCGGUUCCAAGCCGAAAGUAGCGACGCCGCCGGUCGUCGAGGCGAUCGCCAACUACAAGAGGGACAAUCCGACGAUGUUUGCUUGGGAGAUCAGGGACAGACUGCUCGCCGAAGGUAUUUGCACUCAGGACAACGUGCCAUCCGUCUCCUCCAUCAAUCGAAUCGUGAGGAACAAAGCGGCGGAGAAGGCGAAACACGCGCAUCAGCAACAGCAGGCGCAGCAGCAGCAAGGUCAGCAACAAGGUCAGCCAGGAUCAGGUGGUUCCGUGUCGGUGAUAGCCCAUGCACCUGCAACGGCAGCGGGUCACCCCGCGGCGACCGCUCCCAACGCUUACAGCAUCAGCGGCAUCUUGGGAAUCCCAGCGCACCAUCAGGACCCGAACGGCAACAGCAUCAAGAGAAAACGUUCCGAAGACGACGACAACCGAGACCUGAACGAUCAUCCCGAGGAUGACAUGAAGAGACAGAGAAGCUACAACGGCGACCAGCUGUACUCGAACCUGUGGUCGAGUAAAUGGAGCAUCAAGGACGAGCACAAGCUCCUGAGCGAGCUCGGUGGCGGAGGCGGUGGCGGUGGUACCGGUGGCACGAACGGCGCUGGAACCGGCGGCACGAACGGCACUGGAACCGGCGGCGGAGGCGGAGGUGGCGGUGGCGGAGGUUACUACGAACACGGAGGAUUCCCCGGGAACGCUAUUGCCACCUCCGCCGAGCUGUACGACUCCCUGGGCACCAUCAGCACGAUGACGCAGGCGCAAACGCCCCAUCUCUACACCCCGCCCAUAGGGGGCACCAUAGCAGGUGGUACUUUGACGCCGCUCGCGCCACUGACGAUGCAAGAAAUAAAAUUUAGCCAAACAUUGGACGGGGCUAACGUGUCUCCUUACCACACCACCGCAGAGAGCGGUACCGUCGCAGUGGCGUACGUAGGGGUGGGGGCCGGUGGGGGCGAGCAAAGUCCCCCGAUUUCGUUGCAGAACGAGACAAACGCCACCCCCGCGGCCCCCAACACCCCCGGAGGGGAUCCCGGACUGACGGUCUUGCAGCCGCCAGUUUCUCAACCCCAGGUAGCGUCUGCGAUACCGCCGUACUCCACGAUGCUCCCCAGUUUCGGACACUACGCCACCGGUGGUGGCGACUACGCGUACAGCGCAGCGUAUUCUCAAUACUCGAGCGCACCUUACAGUGGCUAUGGUUAUGGAGCAGCGACAAGCGGGUUGCUCAACUCCACGUACUAUUAUUGCAACGGGGAUACGCUGGCGUCUUCCCACAACAAUUCGCAGCAGGGCGGCGGAUGCAACAACGGUGGCCCAGAGAACAGCCCGGACGUGGCCAGUCGAUCGCCUUUAGCGGCUACCAGGGCGAGUAGCGGUGCGAGCGCGGCUUCGCCGACCGGAAGCGCGUGUACCAAGACGGAGCACUCUUCCACGCCGACGGAUCUUUAUCUGGCCUGAUCGGUCUGUGGUCCUGGUCGACAACUCCGGGCGGAAUGUUUCCCUGAACCGAGGGGAACGGCAACCAAUGACGAUGGACGCCAUAUCACGAAGAACCACGCUGAAAUUAAGCAAUGAUCUCUUUAUCGGCUCGAGAACGAACAAACACCGAUCGUAACGCAGCGAGAAACGUGGAUAAUUCCCAUUGAAAGCGCGAAGAACGAGACGAACUGGCCAGACACCGUUCGAAUUCGAUGAUCGGCGUGCUGUAAAGCGUCGAACGUGGAAAAUUCGCGUCGAUCGUCGAUGCGACAGUUCCGAGAGAGAUAUAGACUUCGAUAUCGUACUCGAUCGCAAACUUCAAAGCCGUUGACGCCGAGGCAUCGAGUUCGCGAUCGUUAUCGGGGAUCGCGGUUAGAAAUCGUCGCCAGCGGGGAAUACCUGCAUCGGUGGUUUCCUUCUCGUCCGAAAAGACUGUAAACUUCGCCGAUAUCGAUCGUUUCGUUCGCGACUUUAACCCUUUGACGGUAGAAGCGUCGACCGUCGAAGGGUUAAACGAACGUUAGCGACUCCGACGUGUGUCUGGAUCAGGAUUCCCGCGGUCCUUGCCGACAGUGUCGGUACUCUUGUAGAGUGCGCGUAACCGUAGGUAGUUUAAUUUAACGAUCCUCAGUUAGCAUAAUUUCUACAUGAUGCCCGCGAUCGGUCGUCCACUCAAAUGUGGCCGCGUAUUUCCCGCGUGUUUUCCGUGAAACGAAAUCGCCAGCCACGGGAAUGCGUGCAGACACAUUUGCCACCGACGCCGCGUUAGAACGUGUACAUAUAUAAAGUGAAAAAAAAAAUAUAUAUAUAUAUAUAAAUAUACAUAUACCCGUGUAAACAGACAGCAUCGACUGCCCAGAAAAGGCAAGUUCUUUCUCCUAAUAAGCACGACGACCCUCUCCCUAUCCUUCCGACACCCCAUCUCCCACCAAGUGACGUAUAGUAUACAUAUUAGAUAUAGCCGAUAAGUUUAUUGAGAUUUUUAAAUCAGGAAUCGACGUAACGAUCGCUACUGUUAAGGAUAUUAUAUAUAUUUUUUGUAGAAACCAAAGACCACAGACGGGAUUGCCGAAUGAAAAUUGCGUGCGUCGCGUAGCUACGGCGGAGACAGAGUUUUACGACGACUCAGCGCGACGUUUCAGGAAGAGGACACCGAAACGCGUAUGCGGAUCGAAAAGCGAAUUAAACAGGGGUACAGUCCGAAUACGCCCUGUAGGUUACAGUGAAACCGUUCUUGCUGGAGGUUCAACCCUUUGACCACCAGGACGAACUACUUCAGGGUAACGUACUCGAUUUAUCGGAUCGUAGUCCCGUCCGGUUCGUCCUCCGAUCCACGUGAGCGUUCCAGAGUCCUCCCUCGUUAGAUGUAAAUAAAUAAACGCGGGUUUGCGAGCGACGCGUGCAGGGGGGGCAACGAGCGAAUGCAUAUCGAGAAUCGGGAAAGCGUGAAAGGCGAAAACGAAAUCGAGCGAUGCACGCGAGUCGCCGGCGAUCGAUCCGCGCCGAGGGUAAUGGCGCGAGCACGGCGUAAAAAGGAGUUACCUUCGGUGGGAGCUGCGUGCGUCCGCCGAUCGCAAAUCGUCCGUGGGCCAUUGCGGGCGCGUAACGAUCGUUGUAACUGCGGCAUCGAUUUCACGAACAGGAGCGAGCGGACUCUUCCUCGACGGUCGCUCGUGCUCGCGUUCCGUCCAACGGCUUCGCCACUCUCGCGCCGCGGAAGUCGAGUCGCUUCCGGCUUCGCGUCGUGCGGAACGCUCGAAAAAGGUAAAAAAAAAAAAAGUACGAAAUAUCGCGAAACCGUAAUUAACGACUGGCCGCGGGUAACAUAAUGAGAAGUUACGUGCUCGCAAACUCUCGGUGAUUAACGGGCAAAAAUGAUAAUUUGUAACCUUAAUAAGGAAAUUAACGCGCGAGCGUCCGGAACGUUUGAUUUCCCGUGGACGACAUACGAUGCGCUCGCGCUACCAAUCGAGAUGCUAGUCUCGAACGUGUACCGUAUUUUAUUCGAGGUUCCCGCGGUUAAUGUCAAUCGAGAUCGUUUAUUUAUCGAUCCGUUUCUCGUUUUAAUUUAAUAUUUAUUCGAUAGUAACGAAAUUCUGUGCCCGCGCGGUAUACAAAUGUAAGUAGUGCAAUGAAAACGUCGAAACGGCUAUGUUAAUUAACGAUUUUCGUAAUCAUCGCGAUAAUGUAGAAACGGCCGCCUCGCGAGCAGAGGAUUAUCAACGUAUCGCGUCUCGCUUGAGAAAUUCACCGUGAAAUGGGUUUCCUACCACGAUUCGCUCGCAUCACAGUUAUCUCAUAAUUAACGAAUUAUUUUCGAGCGCACCUCGCGUGAACGAUAAAAGCCCGAUAACGCGAAACUUCUCCCAGUUUUAUUUCUCCCGCAUUGUUUUAAUCGCAUUUCAUUCCGAUGGAAUUCAUUCAGAACGUUUAAUAGACGAUUCGCGCGGUCUUUCACCUUCGAGUUUUGUACUUUAGUUGCAGGGAGAACCGAUAAAUAUUUCAAAUGAGAGUUAACCCUUGAACGAUUUCAAGGGUGGAGAAUGAUUUGAUGCGAGCAGUUGCAGAGGAAAUACGGCGCGGUCGAUCCGAAGCGUGCUCUUAAUGAAUCUUCGAAUUUUCCUUUCGACGCAGUAACCGGUCGCUUCGAGCAGUCUACCAUCGUUCCGCGUAUAGGAGAAUCAGUAUCUCGAUCCGUUCUCAUCGUCGCGCAAUCGAUAUUCAAGAAUUGUAUAGUUGCGAGUCGUAAAACCGCGGGCAGAAAGACCGGGGGCAUGGAAAGCGACGGGAGGGAGAGGAAGAUAGAGAGAAGGAAUCCACGAUCUCUGGAAAUUUCGUGUGCGAUUCGAGCGUCGACGAUUUUUCCUCGAGCUUGGGGAAGCGUCUCUCUUGGCUCUUCUCGUUUCGCGUCUGGCGUUCAAAAAUGUUUUAUCUGGGAAAUAUACAUACGUCGGGAUUGUAAUUGACUAUUGCGUACUUCACAUUGUUACUCUAUUACUAUUACCACAACGACGAUGUUUAUUAACGAUUAUUAUUAUUCUAUUUGCUAUUAUCGCUACUUUUCAUUAUUGUCACGAUUAUUAUUAUUAUUAUAAUUAUUAUUCUAUUAUCAUUAUUAUUAUUAUUAUUAUUAUUAUAUUAUUAUUAUUUAAUGCCUUUAUUAUUUAUUAAUUGUAACGACGACCUAUGUGUAAUAAGUUUUGCCAAAGAAACCCACCGAAAGAGCAAUAUCGCGUGAAUGUUUUCUCCGUGCCUCCAUAAGAUGGAGGCGGAUUUUAAAACGUAAGCGAGAAAGUUAGGGAAAGCACGUCGACGACGACGUAGCCGCGAACGUAAAUUAGCGUCAACGCGAGAGGAAGCGCUUUACGCGCAGCAUUCAAACGAAGGGGAUCUGCUCCCCGCGACAAUUGCGAGAAACGUGCGAAAUCAGAGACUUCGGCUUGGAUGCUGCGCCCCGCGAACAUUUUUCUUUUCAUCGAAACAAUAAACGAACGGUUCUAUCUAUCUUUUUUAAUUUUUAUUUCGUGUUCCGUACCCCCGUGUGAUAUUCUUGUUCCGUGCGCCGCUCUUGCCGAGUCUCGCUGUUGAUACUUGCAAACAAAACUCUGUACAUCCUUUUUAAAUAAAUAUGAGGUUUAUAUGAAGCUCGUCCCACAAUUUACUUACUCACAUUUUUCCCUCUAAAGCACGAUUCACGGGGCGUUAACCCUCUUUCCCUACGAUUCACAUUUCAUGUUCCACACGUAGACGAGUGGAAGGACAGACUUUUCGUUACAACAGAA